UUCCAGCUGCCCUCUCUGUCCUAGCGGCGAGCCGCCUCCGGGCCCCGCCGAGCAGGCGGGGAAAGCAGCCCAGACCGCAAGGCCAUGGCAGUAGGCUGCGGCUCCUGCGCUGCCGCUGGCCCCGCGGAAUCGCCGACUUCUGCGCGAGGGACCCCCACCUCCUCCGCAGGCUAAACAGCCACUGCCGGCAGCUGCUAUGCUGGCUCUGGGCCGCCGCCUCCCUCGCCCUCCGGCCCGCGCAGACGCCCCCUCGGUGGCUCGGUCCUGCCUCAGUGUCACACUGGAAAAGAAGUAAAACCGAACAAAAAAAAAAACUAUGAGUGGAGUUCCUCUUUAAAAGAAGAAGUAAUUCUUGAGAUUAUGGAUCGGAGCAAGCGGAACUCAAUUGCAGGAUUUCCCCCACGUGUGGAGCGUCUGGAAGAGUUUGAAGGAGGUGGUGGAGGGGAUGGGAACACUAUACAAGUGGGAAGAGUUUCUUCAUCUUCAUAUCGUGCAAUUAUUAGUGCCUUUUCCAGACUGACGAGUUUGGAUGACUUCACCCGAGAAAAAAUAGGAUCUGGGUUCUUCUCUGAAGUGUUCAAGGUGCGACACAGAGCUUCUGGUCAGGUGAUGGCUCUCAAGAUGAACACGCUGAGCAGUAACCGAGCAAACCUGCUGAAAGAGAUGCAGCUCAUGAAUAGACUCUCCCAUCCCAACAUCCUCAGGUUCAUGGGUGUGUGUGUACAUCAAGGACAGUUGCAUGCACUUACAGAGUAUAUCAACUCUGGGAACCUGGAACAGCUGCUAGCCAGUAAUCUGUAUUUGCCCUGGACCGCGAGAGUGAAACUGGCCUAUGACAUAGCAGUGGGCCUCAGCUACCUUCACCUCAAAGGUGUUUUCCAUCGGGACCUCACGUCAAAGAACUGCCUGAUAAAGAGAGAUGAAAAUGGCUACUCUGCAGUGGUAGCGGACUUUGGCCUGGCUGAGAAGAUUCCUGAUGCUAGUUUAGGGAGUGAGAAGCUGGCUGUGGUGGGCUCACCUUUCUGGAUGGCACCUGAGGUUCUCCGAGAUGAACCUUAUAAUGAGAAGGCAGAUGUGUUCUCUUAUGGUAUCAUCCUCUGCGAGAUCAUCGCCCGCAUCCAAGCUGAUCCAGACUAUCUUCCCCGCACAGAGAAUUUCGGGUUGGAUUAUGAUGCUUUCCAGCACAUGGUGGGAGACUGCCCCCCAGAGUUUUUACAGCUCACCUUCAACUGCUGUAAUAUGGACCCCAAACUGCGCCCAUCCUUUGAAGAGAUUGGAAAGACCCUUGAGGAAAUUAUGAGCCGCCUACGGGAAGAAGAGUUGGAAAGGGACAGUAAGCUGCAGCCCCCAGUUAAAGGACUGGUGGACAAAGUGCAUGGAGGGAAGCGACUGAGCUCACUGGACGACAAGAUUCCCCAUAAGUCUCCACGGCCAAGACGUACUAUUGGGCUGUCUCGAAGCCAGUCAGACAUUUUCUCUCGUAAGCCUCCACGUACAGUCAGUGUCUUGGACCCCUACUAUCGGCCACGAGAUGGUGCUACACAUACCCCAAAAGUUAAUCCUUUCAGCGCACGCCAAGACCUCAAGGGUGGCAAGAUCAAAUUCUUUGACCUGCCCAGCAAAUCUGUCAUUUCCCUCGUAUUCGACCUGGACGCACCAGGGCCUGGAACUACGCCUCUGGCUGAUUGUCAGGAGCCACUGGCCAUGUCUUCUAGACGGUGGCGUUCUCUGCCUGGUUCACCCGAGUUCUUGCGUCAUGCUUGUCCAUUUGUGGGCUGUGAGGAAUCGCUGUCUGAUGUGCCUCCACCACGACUCAGUAGUCUCAAGUAUGGAGUAAGAGAGAUCCCACCAUUCCGGGCAUCUGCCCUACCGGCUGCUUCAGUCCAGGAGGCCAUGGAUUGCUCCAACCCCCAAGAAGAAAACGGUUUUGGACCCAAGCCCAAGGGGACCAGCCCAUGUGUUGCUGCCUCUGAGGAGAUGGAGGUGGAAGAAAGGCCACAAAUGGCUCCUGUCCUCUUCUCCAUCUCUGGAAUAAACUUCCAAACCCAGGGAGAGCAGGAUGGGUGAGGGGGGGGGGGAGGACUAGUCCUUACCUCACCUUAGGGAUGGACCGUUACCUAAAACUGCUGGGUCCCCUUGGUGCACAGCCAGGCUCUUCUCUGGAGCCCCAGGCAGGCUGAGAAAAGUCUGGCUUAAAAAUUGGGCUUUUAGUGCUCAAUGUAGUUAGGGCCAACCUAAUUCUAAGCCUCUGAAAUCCAGCAAGGAGCUCUGGCUCCCACUGACA